CAAACAACAUGGUCGCUUGGUGGCGCUAUGCGUUUGUACUCGGCUACACGUAGCUUUACGUACAUCACAUACAUGUAAUGAUGCAUGUACAUCAGCUACUUUCAUGUAGGUACGUACAGGGAGCUUAGAUGGUUGAACCAACGUGAGACUUGCAGAAACCAGUGGAAACAAUGCCCAAACACGACUUCCUAUCUCCAAAGGCUAUUGGCAACAGGAUAAAAUCCAAGGGUCUGCAAAAGUUGCGAUGGUUUUGUCAGAUGUGUCAGAAACAAUGCCGAGACGAAAAUGGCUUCAAGUGUCACACCAUGUCUGAAUCCCACCAGAGACAGCUGCUCCUCUUUGCUGAAAAUGAGGAAAAAUUCUUGGACCAUUUUUCAGAGGAGUUUUUUGACACCUUCAUGGAAUUGCUGCGGCGGCGCUACAACACUCGACGCGUCCACUGCAAUGUCGUCUACAACGAGUACAUUCAGGACAAGCAGCACUGCCACAUGAACGCCACCAAGUGGGAAACGCUGACCGAGUUUGUCAAGUGGCUUGGCAGAGAAGGCUACUGCAAAGUGGACCAGACUGAGAAGGGCUGGUUCAUCGCGUACAUUGACCGCGACCCGGAGACCAUUGCCCGGCAGGAGAGGCUGGCCAAGAAGGAGAAGCUGGAACUGGACGAUGAGGAGCGAACCCAGAAGUACAUCCAGCGGCAGGUGGAGAAAGCCGCCGAGGGCAAAACAGUGCAGGACACUGGCCAGGAAUAUACAGAGCUGCAGCGUGACGAAGGCGAGAGUCUGGUCAGUUUCAACCUGGGCAAAAUGGCCACAGCAGCUUCCAAAACAGAACCGAGCAAUAGCACGAUGACAGCUUCCAGUCAGCUGAAAGCAAACAUUUCGAAAGAUGGCAAAACGCCGCCCAGUUGGUCUAACCCCUUGAAAGACUCGGCCCCAGGCAAAAAGAAAGACGGCAACAGCCAUGGCAAGGGGGAGAAGAGGAAAUCUGCUCUGGAUGAAAUCAUGGAGGAGGAGGAAAAGAAGAAGAAAGCCAAAGUAACUCACACCGAGAACUGGCUGACAGAGGGCAUUGUAGUCAAGAUCACGACAAAGAGACUGGGAGAGAGGUUCUAUAAGAAGAAAGGUGUGGUCCGGAUGGUUGAAGAUCUGUUCACGGCCGUUGUGAAAAUGAUGGACAGUGGGGCAAAAGUCAAAGUGGACCAGCUUCACGUGGAGACGGUUAUCCCCUCACCAGGGAGAAUGGUGUUGGUGGUGAAUGGCCCUCACAGGGAACAGCAGGCCUCUCUGGUUGCCCUCCAAGAAGAGACUUGCUCUGUUUCGAUCAAACUUCAUACGGGUCCUUUGGCAGGGAAGACCGUGAGUGGCAUUCCAUACGAGGAUGUGUCCAAGCUUGCCCCACAAGACACAUGACAGACAUGUGAUUCCUACAUGGAAACAAAUAACAUUUAGUAUUACACAAUGCCUGAAUAAGUUCCAGUCAUCUGAGUGGUGGGUCACAUGUUACUGAAUAAUUCAUGCCAACAUUGGGCCCAGCCACACUGCAGUAACCGAAGCUCCAUUCAACUGGCAAACGUCAGUUCCAUGACUAGGUCACAAGAAGCUUCCGAAUCCAUUGGUGGCGGAAUAUUUAAAGCAGGAGGGGAUUUUUUUAUGAAACUAGCAAUAAGUAUUUGGAAUGGAAAGAAUAAUUUCAUAAGAGUGUCAGGCGUUCCAUUCUCAUUUUGUGAAAUUAUUCAUUCCAUUGCACUCAAAUGUACUUGUGGUAUCUAUAAGGGUAAUUCCAGAAAUAAGAGGUCCAUUUUUUCCCGGCCCCGUCACAUCUAGCAUAUAAUUUUAUAAGUUCAGAACACAUUUUCUAAUUUCUAAGAGUGAUGAAUUGAUGCAAAUUACCUGCCAAACAAAUAGCAAUAGUUUGAAAUAGAUUUCUGGUGAUAUUCCCAUGUCAAAGAACAAAGGUCAGAUGUAACAGGGGCACACAAAUUUCACACUUUUGGACCCUUAAUUUCUGGAACUACCCAUUUGAGGAAGCCAGAACGAAAAGAAAUAACUCAGCUUAGAAACUGCAACUUUCUCUCUCAAUCUUUGCUGUGUACGCUACGAAUUGGGAACAGAUUGGGAAACUUCAUUAGGAGUGUUUUGAAAUCUUGCUGUCUAAACAUUUCUGCAUCAAGGGAUUGCUCUGUUAAGUCAUUCAUUUUAAUUCAAUGAAAUGUCCGAUUUCUGUGGUUGAUUAUAAAUUUCAAAACAAUGAAUUCUAGAUGUCAGAGUUACAAAUUAGUUCUUUGGCAAUCCACAUCCCAGCAUUAUCAGCUGCUGGAAACCAUGGAAUUUAAGAUUGCUUUUGGGGUAAAGUUUUGAAAUGUUUUUAUCAAAUGAGAUCUUUGAAGGGAAACAUAACCUGGUCAUUUCUACCUGGAUUUUUUUUUUUACUCUUUACAUUGAAAUAACUCAAGGUCUUGAUGGUCAUGUUUUCGUAAAAUGGAGCUCAAAGUUGAGUACUUGUGUUUUUGUUUGACAUGACAUUUGACUCCGAAAACAUUUUGAAUGUAUAUUUUGUGUUUGGCAACCGGUCAGUAGACAGGCCAAGUGGUUUUAAAAAAAAGUGGACAGAAAAUGAAAGACAACCAAAAAUAGGUUGACAUACUGAAUAUGUACGUGAUUGAAUAUUCAUUUAGUGUGUACAUGUGUAUGUAUACAUAUACUUGCAGGCACUUUUGAGAAGUUGGAACUGUCCCAGUGACCCUUAUUGUCACAGCCAUAAUUUGUCUUGGGAAAGACAGGUGACAGGCAAAGGAAGGAUUCAAUGUUUCACCCAGCUUCAUAAUAUGAAAAUAUGUAAUUAUUGCUAUUGUAAUGUAAGAUAGGAUUGUAAGAGGUCUGUACAUUAAACUUCCAGCUGUACAAACAGUGUUGCAUUGAG